AUGCGCAUGCUCUUCCUCGUGCUCGUCGCGCGCUCGGGAGCCGGAGUGGCGGGGUCGGAGCUGCUGCAACGGCGCGAGUGGCCGCGAGGGGUCGUGCUGGGGCUCGCCAGAGAACGAGGCCACGGCGCGGCGCUCGCGGCGGCGCGCGAGGCAGCUUUGAGCAGUGCAGCGCCUCAACAUCAGCUUCAAGCAGUGCAGCGCAACGCCAGUGGCCUCUCUGGAGCUGUGCGGCGGCUGGCGGGCCUGUGCGACGGCGCCGAUCCGUGGGCUCGGGACGCGCAGUCGGCUCGCGUGCCGGAGGCGCCGCAAGAGGGGCAGCAGAAGUCGUGUCGCGCCUACCAGAACCUAAGCAGUAGUGGGGCGGCAGUGGACGAGGUGCUCUUCUUCCCGGCCGGGACACUCGCCUUUGGACACGCGGCGGGAUGGGCCAACGCCACGGAGUCGGAGGGAUAA